AUGCUCCAUGAUGGCAUUCUCACAAACAACUAUGACCUCGGCCGCAAGUUCGAUCCAGUCGACGAGCAAGACACCUUGGCCCAAGCCGAUGUCCUAAUGAAGGUCCUUUCUCGACCAAUGUUAUGGGAGGAAGCACGCUGGAUACAGCCAACCGAAUUUAUCUGGCCUGUGGUUCCGACGAAAUUACUCGUGGAUAUUCCUCUAGCACUGGGCGCCGCAGAUUCACUGCUGAUCGACCAACUCUCUAUUCAUGUAUCAGCUGCGCCGGAUUACAUGACUCUGCAACUUAGCAGAGAGGAAAGAGACAAGUUAUCAGAUGCCAUCAAACGGCUUGAUCCAAUACAGUUCAGCUUCCAGCCGCGGUGCCGCAGCGGUUGUGGCCCAUGGGUUAAAAGUGAAGAGGAUAACGACACGGUCAGGACAGUAAGUGAGAUGGAGGUCAUAAACGAGUACUUGGGUGCAAUCUUCAACGCUGGAUGCAUCGCACAUGCUGAUAUUAAUCUCGGCGAGUUUUGGUACAGCCUGGGGGUCGAGUCCAUGCUCGCUGCUCCGACCUCAGUUGGCAUCGGAUUUAUGUGGCCACCGAGCUCUAACUUGCGCUCCAUUCAUCUCACCGAGAUCUCGGUCACUACUACAGAAUUUGGAGCAUUAGCUGCGGCUCUCGACAUUGAGUCAGAGAUUUCGCUCUUUAUGGUUCACAUCAGAGUUGGCUUGUGGCGAGAUGCUCUCCAGACAUUGAGAGAAGGGCUACGUGAUCCGCGGUCGGUUUCUAUCAGACAUCCGAUGGGCGGUGAAAUUCGGAAUCUCUCACAUGACCAAAUCGAGUCAACCUUUAACUCUCAAUACACGCAAGAGGGCACAAAGGCUGAGUGUUAUGCAAUGGGAAGAACGUUGGAUAAUCCACUCAAUGUUACUAUAUAG